AAUGGGGGACGUGUAAGAAUUGAUAAUCCAUUGGACUCCAUUGAUGAAUUAGCCUAGAAAGGCCAAGCACCCGACACAGUGUGCUGUGUUGUAUUGUAAAGAGUGGCUAUUUAUCUUUGCUUUCUUCCCUUAUGCCAAGGGUUAUGGUUAUGGCCACCCAAAUGCCUUCUUUUCUCUUUGCUUCUCUAACACUUCUCUUUUUCUUCUCUUCUUUGGAAAAGGGCUUUGCCUUUCAAACCAGAAGGGAGAACAAAGAAACCAACAAUCUUCAUCAACAUUCUCACCUUGUUCAUCUUAGCUCUCUCUUACCAUCAUCUUCUUGCAGCUCUUCUACAGGUCCCAAAAGAAAAGCAUCAUUAGAAGUGGUACACAAACAUGGGCCAUGCUCCCAACUGAAUAAUGAUGGAAGAACAACACACAGUGAUAUUCUAAGGCUUGACCAAGAAAGGGUAAAAUAUAUUCACUCAAGGCUCUCUAAGAAUUUGGGCCAUGACAAGACUGUGAAGGAAUUGGACUCUACUACCCUACCAGCCAAGUCUGGUGCCCUUAUUGGGUCUGGGAACUACUUUGUGGUGGUGGGUCUUGGUACACCCAAAAGGGACUUGUCACUUAUUUUCGAUACUGGCAGCGAUCUCACUUGGACUCAGUGUCAACCUUGUGCUAAAUCUUGCUACGAGCAGAAAGAUCAAAUAUUUGAUCCAUCCAAAUCUACAUCAUAUUCCAACAUCACAUGCAAAUCUCCACUCUGCACUCAGCUCGCUACAGCUACAGGUAACGAGCCAAAAUGCUCUUCAUCGACACAGGCAUGCAUAUACGGCAUUCAAUAUGGUGAUCAAUCUUUUUCCAUCGGUAUCUUUGGCAGUGAGCGGUUGUCGGUAACAUCUUCCGACGUAAUUGACAACUUUUUAUUUGGCUGCGGCCAAGACAAUGAGGGCCUUUUCAGCGGCGCCGCUGGCCUAAUAGGCCUCGGCCGCCACCCCAUUUCCUUCGUGCAACAAACAUCCUCAAAGUAUAGCAAAAUUUUUUCUUACUGUCUUCCUUCCACCUCUAGUUCAACUGGCUAUCUUACCUUUGGCGGCGCCGGCAUCGGUAACAUCAAAUACACUCCCUUCUCCACCCUCUCCCGUCACCACACCCUCUACGGCCUUGACAUCACCGGCAUUGCCGUUGGCGGCACCAAGCUUCCUGUUUCCUCCUCCACUUUUUCGUCCGGCGGCGCCAUCAUUGACUCUGGCACUGUCAUCACACGGUUGCCACCAACUGCAUAUGAUGAACUCCGAUCAGAAUUUAGAAAGGGCAUGUCAAAGUAUCAAAUGGCCAGUGCGUUGUCCAUAUUCGACACGUGUUAUGAUCUUAGUGGAUACGACGAGGUUUACAUUCCAAAGAUAAACUUUGUGUUUGCUGGCGGUGCCGCGGUGGACUUGCCGGCGGUGGGAACACUUUAUGUGGCAAGUGCAAAGCAAGCGUGUUUGGCUUUUGCUCCAAAUAGAGAUGACAGUGAUAUUACUAUUUUUGGAAAUGUGCAACAAAAAACCCUAGAGGUUGUUUAUGAUCUUGGUGGUGGUAGGAUAGGGUUUGGUGCUGGUGGGUGCAAGUGAGUUUGAUUAGUGGUAUUAAGCAUGCUUUGGGCUAGUUCAGGAGAAAGAAUUCUUAAUUGGCUCUGGCAUUUCUUAAUUGUUGUUAUUAUAAUGGCUUAUCUAAUCAUAUAUUAUAUAUAGUAGAAAUAAAAAUGGGGGUAAAUUAUGGGGAAAAAAUAGUGAUGAUUAAUUGAAGAAAAAUAUAUAGAUUGAAGGGGAUGUCAUGACUCUCUAGGUGUGCGAUUGCUUGCAAUUGUACAUAGAUAUGUAAUGUGAAACAAGUGUAAACUUGUCCUUGUUAUUAAAGGUUUAUUGAAUAAAUUUAAAACUUAUUGUUCUGGAUUACUUCGUUUUGUUAUUUAGCUUGAUCAUGAUGAUGUUUUUUCUGUGU